CUGUACGUUGAAGACUGUAGAUCAACAUUUGAUGUUUCGAACUUGAUCUGAUAUUUUGAUGUUUGUAUUGGUAUUCGAAGUAUCGUGGAAAAUUAGAAUGGAGUAGACUCCGUAAAGAGAUUGAUGUUCUUGUGUUUUAAAAGGUAUUGGGAUUUGUGUUCAACUCAGAGCCAGAUUCGACAACUAUAGUGAUUUUCUUAAGUAACGGAUUUCUUUCUUGGAUUCUCACCAAUAUUUCCUCCCUUUCCGGGGUUCCAAGACAGCCCACAAUUGUUUGGGCUCAGAUAACCAACCAAGACAACCCAGAGCUCGGAAAAUUGGUUUUCUUCAUGGCGCCUCUGAAGAUGUGGAGUGAUAACUUUUUUCUGGUAGCAAAAUUUAUCAUUUAGAACUGAGAAGCACGAUAAUUUAUAAACUCCUACUUCUUCCCAAGCAAAUAUUUUAACUUGGCUGUUGAACAUUUUUGUUUGUUUACCAUUAUAUAAAAAUCAUCAUCGAAAUCUGCAAGAGUGCCAUUUACAAGAUACAGUUUGAAAAAAAAAUUGACUUCGGAUUUGCCUCAAUCAAUUCUUUUUUGUUUUAGUCAAAAGAAUAUUCAAAGGAAAUGUUUCGACCCGACCGAAUUAAUCCAUUUAGUGCUGACUGAAUAAUCUUCAUUCGACAGUUCCAAAAUGGCGGAACACUCAGAACUCAUUUCAGAGAUGCAGGUGGUGGAGAAGAUGAGUACUCAGGAGCGUCUAAAGCACGCUCGGAAAAGACGUUUGCAGCAACUUAAACGCUGGAGCCAACGCGAGAAGGAAUACCAGCAGACCAAAAGGAAAAAAUCCGGUGGGGCAGCCGUGGACCUCAUCACCAAAACCACGAAGAGCGCGAAAAAAUACAAAGUUCACUUCGUCCCCAGCGUUAUGUUACUGGAAGCUGCGGCGAGGAAUGAUGUUGAGGAAGUUCGAAGGUUGCUUAUGUUAGGAGUUAGUCCUGAUUCGACUAAUGAAGAUGGUCUAACAGCUCUUCAUCAGUGCUGCAUCGACGACAGCGAAGAGAUGAUGAAACUCCUUUUGGAAUUUGGUGCCAACGUCAAUGCCAAAGACAGCGAGCAGUGGACGCCCCUGCAUGCCGCUGCCACCUGCGGGCAUUUGCAUUUAGUGAGAUACCUCAUAACCAAAGGGGCAGAUCUCCUGGCUGUAAAUGCCGACGGCAACAUGCCUUACGACAUCUGCGAAGAUGAAAACACCUUGGAUUACAUUGAAUCGGAGAUGGCUAAAAAAGGUAUAACUCAAGAAAUGAUCGACGAGACAAGGGCGAUAUCUGAAAAGCAGAUGCUGUCCGACUUGAAGUAUCUCCUGGAAGAAGGAGGUGACAUUGAAUACAGGGACCACCAGGGUGCGACGCCACUUCAUAUAGCAGCAGCAAAUGGCUAUGUGACCGUAGUGGAAUUCAUACUGGACAACCACGGCUCCACAAAUGUGUGUGAUAACGACAUGUGGCAGCCCAUUCAUGCGGCGGCUUGUUGGGGUCACCCAGAUGUAAUUGAAAUGCUGGUCAUGGCUGGAGCUGAUCUCUCGGCAAAGACGAAAAAUGGUGAAACACCAUUUGAUAUUUGUGAAGACCCAGAUUUGAAAGAACGCAUCAUGCAGUUGAAGAGUGAAAUCGAGACGAAGCGAGCUUCACAACCUGUUAAGCUGAAGCGUUCUCAGAGUCAAAACACAAGGAGCCAAUCUGUGAGACGCACCAGCAUCCGAGACAAAUCGUUGAUUUCCAGGAGAGAAGCCAGAGAGGAAGCCAGAAUACGGCAUGAACAGCAAGAGCAGAGUGGGACCGAUGAGGAGGAAGAAAAACUUCAGCAUGAUAUGCGAGUGACAGAAAAGGAAAAGCUACCCUCAUGCCAGAACAACAAAGAUGAAGACAGCGUGCAGUGUCCCAUCAUCAGCAAAGACACCAUCCAGCGUAUAAAAGGCCAGAACAUGAAGGAAAACAUCGAAAACGCUGCCAACCAAUUCGCAGCCUAUGACCCAAAUGAAGACGAUAUCCACAUGCAGACCCAAUAUUUAAACGCCGUUAACGACAACCUUACAAACGAAUUCCACAAACAGACUCUCGAUGACAUAUCAACAUGCGAUUAUGCAGAGACAAUGAACCAGCCAGUUAUUCAUAGUCAAUCCGAGUCGGUCAAAGUCGAAAUACAUGUAACCGUAAACACCAAUCCGACCUACUCGCCAAAUCAUGGGACAUUGGCAGAUCUGAAGAAACACAGAUCGGACAUGAGGAGUCGUAGUAGUCUGAUCGCCACAUCGCAGCAGGACGUGUCCGAGAAAGGGGCAUGCAAUGGCCAUACUUUCAGUGCAACUUACAUGUACGAUAGACCUCCAUCGCCAACAAUCUCACUUCGACGCUUUUGCAGCGAUCCGUCUGAAGUGGUUGGUGGCGAAGUUCAUAAGCAAGGUUGCUGUGUUGUUAUGUGACUUAGAAAAGCAAUUUUAAUACAAUGCGGGUUUGACUGUGGGAUUUUGAAGUAUUCCCACAAAAAGAACCUGAGCAAUUUAUUAUCCGGUGUAUUUCAAAAUUAUUAAUUUAAUGGGAAAAAAAACAAUCCAAACUCUUUUAAACUCAUGAUGAGUUUUUAUAGAAACAAAUUCAUUUCUUUUAUACCAUUGUUAUCAUAAUAAGCUGAAAAGUUUAUUACUAGCCACAUUGCAUAUGUGGAUAUAUAAUUAGAUAAACUUAGCGAGACCAAUCUCAGAAUUAAAUUUUUUAUCAUUUCUUAAUUUAUUUUCUUUAGUUUUCAGAUAUUAAAUUGAACCAUAAGUACAGUUUAAAAUAAUGACCGUAUAUCACAGAUUCUAAAGUUUCUUCGUAUUUUCACUAAAAUCAAAAGUGAGAAACUGUAUUAAUUAGCUUUAGAAAUGAUUGAGAAAAUUAAUACAGUUACAAAGACAGCAAAAAUGACUUAUAGUUCCAUGUAACUUUAUUUACAGGUAUAUUUUAUCAACAAAUAUUCAUACAAACUAAUUCGAUCAAUACAUAAACAAAUUCAUGACGAAUAUUUUAAUACUAAAGGAGAAAAAGCCACACAUUUUCAUUUAAAUCAUUUGUGUUCUAAAGAAUUAUCUUUUUUAUUAUCAGAAGUAUCUUAUGAAGAAUUCUUCCAUUAUCUUGAAUCUUUAUGAAUGUUGUAAAUCUUUCCUUGGCUUUGAUGUGUAACCUAAAGGAUUUAUUAUUUAUUAUAAUUUUACAGAAUAACUUUCAAAGUGCUUAGUGGCAGUUAAAUGCAACAUUUCUCUCCAUAAUAUUUUUUAAACUUUCAUAGAUUUUCAUCAUAAAAUGCACUAUAUAUAUGAUAUGAAACCAACAAUAUUAUUUAUUAAUUUGUUUUACCAAAAAGAAAAGAAAUGAGUUCCUUUAAAAAAAAAAAAAAAAACAACUAAAUGAAUAGGUUUGAGACUAAGAAAAUAGCAAGUGAAUCUAAAAUUUCAAUUGAAUUACUUUUUACAUACAUAUAUAAAUGGGAAAAUGGAAUAAUUCCCCGUAAAAUCAUUUCACCAAAUUCUAUUAUUUAACGUUUAAAACUAUUUUCAGUAGAUUUUUCUUUCUUUCUUUCGUUUCUCUAAAGUGACCGAGGAUAGUCAGAAUAAAUCUAAUCACAACUUUCUAUUUCGGCUACCUUUCGAUUUUUUUCAUACAGAACUCAAAAUACCUAUAGGCUCAAACCAAAUACUUUUUAAGAAUUUCUAAACAUUGUUUUAAAGAGAGAGAGUUUUCAUUCCUGGCCUUAUUAGGACUGAAUAAAAAUUAAAGUUCUCUAAUAAGCGGUCAUAAUUGUGGGUUAAAGGAGCAGUUAAAUCUGAUAAAUUUAAAUAUCGGUUAAAUGAUAAAUACAAAAAUGAAAUUAAUUGGUUUUCACUAAAUUUUAGAUUCUUAGAUUUAUCAUACAUGCAUAUUCGGCAAACAAUGUUUUUUGUCAGUUUCCUAUAAUGUAUUAAACAAUAAAAGAAAAUUAUUUUUAUAUAAAAAAUUUUAGAAAGUUUAUUUUCUGCAUGCUGAUGAUAAUUAAGAGCAUAUCGAUGAUAAAUAACGUUAAUAUUGAUUUAAAACAUUUCUUGUGAAAAUCAAUUAUGCACAUUUCUUUUUCAAAUGUCUUAGCCCAGAAUUUUGUUCAAUAAAAUGCUUCAUUUUAUCAGUCAUCUCGUAUCUAAAUUCUGUUAAAUUUGAAAUGCUUAAUAUUACUGAUAAAACAGUCCAUCUUAAAACCGGAUCAUGUAAUCUGACAUUUAAUACAACAUUUUGUAUAUUUCCACUGUAUUGUUGCCAACAAUAUUUAUAAAAGGCUUUAGAGAACUAUUUCCUUUUUUUCGUUAUAUGACUUAGAAACAUGAAAGCAAUGUAUGUUGGCUUGAUAAUGUUUAAAGUUGAAAAAAAAAAUGACAUAAGCUUUUUUUUUAUUAUAUGCCAAUACAUGAACAGUUGAACUGGACAACACAAAGACUGAAAUAAUUAAGAUUCUUAUUGUUUUAAUUGUGCGCAUGCUUCUUGAAUCGUCAUAUUCCAACAUACAGAACAUUCCACUGUAUGUCCAUGAAGAUGAAGUGGCGAUUCUUCAAUUAGCAUUGUGAUAGCGUCUUCAAGAAUUUGCAUCUAUUAAUGUAAUAUUUUGGAAUUGUUUUCUUUCAGAAAUUUAAAUCUUGUACAUACCUGUUGAAUUACUUUGUUCUUACCCACCAAUUAUUUUAAUAAAGAUAUAAAAAUAGA